GUAGGGCUUCACCAAAAGUUCCCAAACAAAGCAACUUGUCGCGUUCUACCCUCGAGCUUCGUGUUGAUGAGCUCUUGGCAGCUCAGCCCUGAGAUCUCCUGCAUCGUCAGCAUUUGCAUUAUCAGCCACACACCGACAAACGAAUUUCCUCCACGUUCCUAUAAUUGAUUGACCCUCUCAGUUUUUGUUGUAGUUAAACCUCUAAACAGGUGCCUACUUCAGAAACCACCGUCAGCCCCCUCAAGUCGCAAACACUAUGGCCGCACACGAACACGAUCAUCACCUCGACGAGGAGGAGCAGCGCAACCCUUAUGCUUCAGCCAAUAAAUGGAGACAUCAGGAAUCUUCGUCAUUUGCAAAGGCGGCGCGAGAUCCCCAUUCCAGCGGCCACUCGAGAGAGUUAUCCGAUUUCCUAAACUCGGAGCGAGUCGAAGGCGAUCGGGCGGCGGCGGACGGAUCCUACCAGCCCAUUGUGGUCGGUGGCACCGACGGAGUACAUGAUGCAGCGGCUAUCCAGGGUGGGAAAGAGGUGGUAUGCGGUCCCCUGCUUAAUUAUAGACGUAUGGAAAAUAGGACUUGGCAUGGUAGCGUUUUAAUUGUUACCAAAGGUGGCGGCAAGACUCAAAGCUUUCAGCCUAUCCUAAACCUCGGACGCGUAGAAGUAGCUCGCGGACAACAGGGUCUGCUUAACGAGGGCUCAGCCGUCAAUGGGCAAAAGGCAGGAUCCAAUGCAAUUCGUAGCAACCACGGCACUGAUGUUGCAGGUAUCUGUCUCUACUCCGACCCAAGAUGCACGUUCUGGGCGUUCCCUCUUGCUUGUGACAUCGCCGACACCGAAACCAAGUGGGCAUAUUCGAUCGCCGACGUUCAUUACAAGAGCGAGACGAAGCCUAAGACCAACUAUUUCUUCGUUCCUGCCAUUGACGAGUCGAUGCGUAUGAUGUUCCAUUCAUGCAAUGGCUUCAGCGUAGGCACUGACGAAGAAGCGUGGAGUGGACCAGCAUUAUGGAAUGACGUGAUGAGGAACCACGCGAAAUCACCUUUCCACGUCAUGAUAGGAGGUGGUGACCAGAUCUACAACGAUGGUAUCCGUGUUCAGGGACCUCUACGGGAAUGGACGGAUAUAGGGAACCCAAAGAAGCGACGCGACUUUCCUUUCCCCGAGAGCUUGCGCGAAGCCUGUGACGAUUAUUACCUGAAGAAUUACAUUCGAUGGUAUUCCAUCGAGCCGUUCGCGGCGGCUAACGGACAAAUACCUCAACUAAACAUUUGGGAUGACCAUGAUAUCAUUGAUGGUUUCGGAUCAUACGUCAACGACUUCAUGAAUUGCGAUGUCUUCCGAGGCAUUGGCGGUACUGCCCAUAAAUAUUAUAUGCUCUUCCAACAUCACCUAGCACCGCCUGCUUCUACAUAUACUUCGGAUGCGCCUAAGGCAGGGGAACAUGGACCGGAGGAGGAUCCAAAGCAACUUGUGGAUACGUAUGUCAAACCGCAGGCCUUCGAUUCGUCUUACAUCAUAGGUAGCAGUCCUGGACCAUACGUCGCUCAGCACUCGAUGAAUAUGUUCAGUAAACUUGGCGCCAGAAUCGCGUUCUUAGGCAUUGACGCGCGUACCGAGCGUACACGACAUCAAGUCAACUACGAGGAGACAUACGAUCUCAUAUUCGGCCGUGUAAGGGAAGAACUCGGGGCAGCGCAAGCAACUGGCCAGCCUUACAGACACUUGAUCCUGUUAUUAGGUAUCCCCAUUGCGUAUCCGCGACUCACGUGGCUCGAGAACGUGUUUAGUAGUCCUCUAAUCGCUCCCGUGAAAUUCUUAAAUAGAAGAUUCGGGUUCGGUGGUGGUGUAUUCAAUCAUUUCGACGGCAGUGUGGAUCUUCUUGACGAUUUAGAUGACCACUAUACGGCUAGAACCCACAAGAAGGAGCGAAAUGCCCUAAUCCACCGGCUCCAAGGAGUCUGUGCCGAGUUCUCUGUCCGACUUACCAUUCUUGGAGGCGAUGUUCACUUGGCAGCUCUAGGGCGCUUUUACUCGAACCCGAACCUACAUAUUCCUGUCGAGAAAGAUCACCGUUAUAUUGUCAAUGUGAUCUCCUCGGCCAUUGUCAAUAAACCCCCGCCAGCAGCCAUUGCCAAUCUGCUAGCAAGCCGUAACAAAAUCCACCAUCUUGACCCGGAUACUGACGAAACGCUCAUGGCGCUCUUCGAUAAGGAUCCUGGUACUUCCAACAAGACACGGUCAUCCAACAAUGUCACCAUGCCUAGUCGAAACUACUCAAUAAUCACGGAGAAUUCGCCAAAUAAUCGCGGUGAUGUUGGUAGCACUGCUGAAGUGGCGACGGAUGCUAAUCCACCAGAGAAUAAAUUUGACGGAAAGAACGGCCACUCAUUCCUAUCCCAGGGAGAAUUCGGUGCGGGAACCAAACAUAAGGCGGCCGAUUUCGAGAGACACGGUAAGACUAACGAUGGAGGCCUCGAUGUGUGCAUACGAAUAGAAAUCGACCAGCACGACAAAGAGGGCAAAACUGAACCGUACGGUCUGACAAUUCCGGCGCUUGAUUACGAGGCCGGCAGGUUUGGAACCAACGCGCACUCUCACCAUCUCACUCCCCACAAAAGUCGUCCGGGCACCUCUGGAGCCGCAAGUACGAUCCCCGCAACAAGCAUUCCAUCGCUACCAGGAUCAAUACCCGAUGUGCCUGAACGUCCCCUAUGAAGGCAAACCUAGAUUGGCCGUUAGUGCAUAUAAAGAUGUUUUUAUUAGCAAUUUGAGACGGUUUGUCUCGGGUUGCUAUGGGGUUUUGUGAAGAUAGCACGCGAGUGCAAGUGUUUAAUAGGGUGGAGUCGCGAUCCGCCUUAUUCUUGACUGAAGAGUCUAGCCAGAGAAGGACGUUAGGAUUAGAUAGUAGUCUACCUGCGUCUAAUAGGAGGAUAAGAAAAUAAUACCCACGAGGAUUGCUGCAUUGCAUUUGUUUUAGAUUCCCCCAUCGGUGGUUUUGGUACUCUUAUACUCUACUGCUAAUAAUCA